GGUUUAUUUAUGCGGUGGAAAAGAUGAAUAUUUUUUAGGUGUGGCUGAUUGCAAAUUUUUAAAUUUCCUGUAGCAUCAAAAUGGAUGGGAAAUUACCAGCUUGUGUUAUUGAUGUAGGAACUGGAUACACAAAAUUAGGAUUUGCGGCGAAUAAGGAACCUCAGUUCAUCAUCCCUUCAGCCAUUGCUAUCAAAGAAACUGCGAAAGUAGGUGACACAACUUCUAGAAGAUUGAAUAAAGGUGUGGAAGAUUUAGAUUUUUUCAUAGGGGAUGAAGCAUUUGAUGCUACUGGAUAUGCAAUAAAAUAUCCAGUAAGACAUGGCCUUGUUGAAGACUGGGACCUGAUGGAAAAAUUCCUUGAACAAUGCAUUUUCAAAUACCUACAUGCUGAGCCAGAAGAUCACUAUUUUCUUUUAACAGAACCUCCAUUGAACACCCCUGAAAAUAGAGAGUAUAUAGCAGAGAUAAUGUUUGAAUCCUUCAAUGUCCCAGGGCUGUAUAUAGCAGUGCAAGCAGUGCUAGCUUUAGCUGCAAGUUGGGCUAGUAGGAGUAUAGAGGAAAGAACACUAACAGGGAUUGUCAUAGAUAGUGGAGAUGGUGUUACUCAUGUUAUUCCAGUAGCAGAAGGUUAUGUCAUUGGCAGUUGCAUAAAGCACAUUCCAAUUGCUGGCAGAAACAUAACCUAUUUCAUCCAGUCCCUCCUGAGAGAACGAGAAAUCGGAAUUCCACCUGAACAAUCCCUAGAAACUGCCAAAGCAAUUAAGGAAAAAUAUUGCUAUAUCUGCCCAGACAUAGCCAAGGAAUUCGCAAAGUAUGACAGCGAUCCGGGCAAGUGGAUGAAAAGGUACGACGGCUCGAAUUCGGUGACUAAACAACCGUUCGCCGUCGACGUCGGCUACGAGCGCUUCCUCGGCCCGGAGAUAUUCUUCCACCCGGAGUUCUCCAACCCGGACUUCACCAUUCCCCUCUCGCAGAUCGUCGAUGACGUCAUCCAGAAUUGCCCGAUCGACGUGCGGCGACCGUUGUACGACAACAUUGUGCUUUCGGGGGGCUCCACCAUGUUCAAGGACUUCAGCAGACGGCUGCAGAGGGACAUCAAAAGGACUGUGGACGCGAGGCUGAAGCUUAGCGAGACUUUGGGAGGGGGUCGGUUGAAGCCAAAACCAAUUGAUGUUCAAGUAGUGUCUCAUCAUAUGCAGAGGUAUGCAGUUUGGUUCGGAGGAAGUAUGCUGGCGUCAACGCCUGAAUUUUACACCGUCUGUCACACAAAGGAAGAUUAUGAAGAAUAUGGUCCUAGCAUCUGCAGGCACAAUCCAGUAUUUGGAACAAUGACGUAAUUUAUUUUUUUAUAUAUUUUUUUUUUAUCAAUUAUAUUGAGAGAAUUAUGAUUAUAAACUAAAAUAUAAUGUUUAAGCUUCAAUUCAUGAAGAAGUUUUCG